AUGCUCAGGCUGUUCGCCCACGGUCGCUACCUUCUUUUCCUGGCGCUGGUCUUUGCGCUCCUCUUCGCUCCUCUGGUCUCUGCGCAAUAUGUCCAUGCUCGUAACCCGCGUUCCGUCCUACGGCGAGAUGGUAUAAAUUUCCCCAGUAUUUUCUCGUCUCCCACCAAUACGAACACCGCAACGACGUCAAGUCCCACUGAUACUAAGACCACUGACGCGAAGACGACCCAGACCACUACCUCUAAUACCGUGACAUCCACGUCAGACUCAUCUACCAGCACCACAAGCACCCCCACAAGUACUUCACCUACAACUAAUACCGACUCGACAUCCUCUCCUGGCGACACGUCGACUACGCAAAGCCCGCAGCAAACCACCACUACUUCACAGACCAACUCGCCAACAAACACUGACGCUCAGACUACUUCUUCAACAACUCCUCCGGCAGCCAAGUCGUCUGUGGUUACCACUUCCCUGACGACCAACGCGGAUGGUCAGACCAGUGUUGUCUAUGUCACAGUACCGGCGGCCUCCGCAGCUGUUAGCGCGCCCAACCCGAGCGCUACCUCCUCUAAUGCAUCUUCCUCUGGGCUCAGCGUUGGUGGAAUUGUCGGAUUAGCCGUUGCAGGUGGUGUGGUUUUGAUAAGUGUUCUUGCGUUCGCCAUCUUCAAAUUUAGCCGGAAAAGGUAUCUCGACGAGUACGAUGAUGGUGAGUUCUUCGUCAUCUUUGAGUUUCUAGGUAGCGAGGCUAUCGUUGGCAAUGUUUGCUAUGAUCCCAUGCGCCUGGCAGGCCGCUCUCAGGACGGUAACCAUUCGCCUUAUUGCUCGGCAACGCGGCAGACGUCAGAUUCCGCUGCCGAUCACGGACUUUACGCCCAGUUAGCAAGUCAAUCAUCUUGUAGAAUUUUUCUGCGACUUGUCUUCUUUACUGAAGCCAUCAAGUGGCCCGAGCUUAACGCGAGCCACGGAGACAACCUUCACGCGCUGCCCACGCAUCGCACCGGCGGUUCCGGCUUCGAAACGUCUUCGGAGGUGAAUCUCGCCCGGCCAGAUUCGCGCGCAGGCAGCAUUGCACCAUCCGCAGCCAACUCCGCAGCCGACUUAUUCAAUCAACACGACCCAUAUGCCGUGCCGCCGCUUCCACAUCUCAAUCCCAGUGUGGGUGGUGUGCAGCCGUACCGCGACGAUCCCUCAGCGGGAUACUACGACCCGUACAGCGGCCCAGUCCCGAACACGCUCGAUGGAGAGGCAAUACCCAUGACGCAGAUCGGUGGACGUGCGCGGAGUCCGAUGCCUGGUGGCAUGGGUAUGGAGGGCGGAAGGAUGUCGCCAGCACCAGGUAUGGCCGGUGGGAGGAUGUCACCGGCGCCGAGUGUCGCGUUAGGGCCGCCAAUGAGCGGGAUGCGGGCAGUAAGCCCUGGACCUGGCGCAGGAUAUGGCGCGGGUGCCUACGGAAUAUGA